AUGUGCAUGAGACGCUGCUGUCGGAAAGGGUUGGUCGGAUCGGGCGAUGCGAGUGUGCUGAUCGUUGGCUACGAAAAUCGGAAGCUAUGUCUUGAGACACUAGCGCCACUUUCUCUCCUCGUCAACCAUGCCCUUCGCAGAUCGACUCUGGCGAUCCUCGCCCCGCACAACCAUGGACACACAAACACCCGUCGCGUCCACCUCUUCCCAUACGACAGCGCCACCACCAUCAACAUCACUCGCUUCGUCGUCAGCACCCCGCACCCCCUCGCUUCGCCGACGUUUCACUUUUGGGCGUACCGCCAAACUGCAUCCUACCACAGAAACGCACGCCGAUCUUCUCUACCCGACACAAGAGCUUCAAGCAGGCGCCACAAUCGGCAGACCACCCCGCUCUUCCGUCUCGGACGACCACAGCAUUGGUCGUGCACCAUCACGCACUCCGAGUCUUACUGUUCCAGCGUUCAAGCUCCCUUCUGCCAACAAUUCUCGGGACAAUUCUCGGGCACACUCACCGCUUCCCGCAGGCGUCUCUUCGCCAGUCGUUGCUCCUUCUUCUUCGUCUCUUACGCCCUCCGUCAACCAGUACGACAGGCUGUUCGGUCUGCCAAGUACAUCUGCUUGCGUCUCCUCGCGUCUCUCGCCUACACCCCUCGAUAG